AUGAAACUUCGAACCGGAAAGAUAAUUGGAGGUUAUAAUCCCAUCAGCUUAAAAGAAAGUUCAAAAUUACGAUUUACAGAUUAUAAAUACGCACCAGAAAGCUUUGUUUUCUCUAGUGAAGAUGUGCAUGGUGCAAAUCAUGUGUUAAGCCGCGCUAUAAAGCCUCAUAAGGCAAUUCGUUUAAAUAGAAUAUAUUCUCUCAAAUCUUGUUUUCACACUAUUAGCAUGUUGUUAGAUUUUGGCAAAACUUUAAAAUUUGUAUAUAAUGAAGAUCAUGUAAAGGAUUAUAUGUCUUGUAGAAUUAAGCAAGAUGAAUUUUAUGCGCAACCAGCCAUAAUGCCUGAAGGAGAAUACAAAAUUGAUGAAUGGGAAAUUUUCAGAGUCACCGAAAGAGCUGAUCCAUCUCAAAGAGCUAUUCAAAAUACAUAUAGAAAUUACAAUCGAGCAAAAUUUGAUCGAGAAAUAUAUAAACGAUCGAAAUUUGAUCGAAUUCCACCUCGAAUCUAUUCACCUGACCUGAACUAUUCAUAG